AUGGCCGAGGGUCCCGAGGCCGAAGUGGAUGAGCCACCUCGAUGUCAUUUGCCGCCACUCAUCACAGUUUCGGAUCUGCCCGGUGCUACGGAGGCAGGUCGCAACCUGAAGGAAUGGCUUGAGGAACAGUUUUGCGACAAGCCUCUGGAGCAGGACGACAUGCGGCUCCACAACGCCGCCUACGUAGGCGAUCUGGACACACUAAAGAACCUGCUGGAGGAGGAGGCCUUCCGACAGCGCAUCAAUGAAAAAUCAGUGUGGUGUUGCGGCUGCUUACCGUGCACUCCCCUGCGCAUCGCGGCCACAACGGGGCACGCCGCCUGCGUGGCUUACCUGAUUGCCCAAGGUGCUGAGGUGGACUCUGUGGACGUCAAAGGCCAGACAGCAUUGUAUGUGGCUGUGGUGAACGGUCACCGCGAUUGUGUGCGCGUCCUCCUGGAGGCCGGGGCCGACCCCAAUGGGAGCCGUCACCACCGCAGCACGCCGCUCUACCAUGCCGCGCGUGUUGGGAGCGUCAACGUGUUGCAAGAACUCAUCAGUUUUAAUGCAGAUGUGGACAUGGACCACUUGCUGCGCCCCCGGCUGCUGUUGAGCGCCCGCACCCUCAACACCUUGGUGGUUUGCCCCCUGUACAUCAGCGCCGCCUACCACCACCUCCACUGUUUCCGGGCACUGCUGGAGGCCGGCGCACAGCCCGACUUUAAUUACUCUGGGCCUGUUUGCCACGAUGCCCUGAGGCGUGGCCUAGCCUCGUGCAUGUUGGAUGCCGUGUUGAAACAUGGAUGCGAGGCGGCCUUCGUGCAGCUACUGCUGGACCACGGGGCCCGAACAGAGUACGUGGCCUUUGAUGAGUCGCGUCUGGACGAUCCUAAUCGCAGGAGGGUGGAUCCGGAAGCCCUCAGAACUUUCUUGGAAGCCAGGAGAUGCCCUCGCAGGUUGACCCACGUGUGUCGCGUGGCCAUCCGCAGAGUGAUGGGCAAGAAGCGUCUGCACCAUAUACAGGCACUGCCGCUUCCCGAAGCCAUCAAGAACUUCCUGCUUCAUCGGAACUGA